AUGGUCGAAUCAGCUAAAUCUGGUGAUAAAAAAACGAAUACAUCAUUUUAUGGUAUUGUAUUUUGUACUCUUGUGAUCAUUCUUGCAAGUAUUUUAAUUCAAACACGUAAUUCACCACCUGUAAACGAAUAUCUUCCUAAAACAAUAUCAUCAGCAAAACCAUAUGAAACAUUUGAAGAAUUUUAUCCACAUUAUCUUCGUGAACAUAGUCAAAAAACGACUCGACAAUGGCAUUAUGUUGGUACAACUCUUGUUAUUAUCAGUGUUUUAAUAAAUCCUAUUCUAUUAAUUCCAAUAUCAGCUGGAGGUUUAGCUGCUUAUUCUGUAGUACCAUUCUUUCGUCACAUAUCAACUGGUUUAUAUGAAAUGGGAUUGUUCAUGAUAAUUUAUCUUAUUGGCAGUAAAUUAUUAACGCGUUCGUUUAAAAAAGCAUUUCUACCACUGCUAUUAGGAUACGGUUUUGCAUGGAUUGGCCAUUUCUUUUAUGAGCAUAAUAAGCCUGCAACAUUUAUUUAUCCAUCUUAUAGUCUUAUGAGUGAUUUUCGAAUGAUAUAUGAUGCGGUAAAAGGACAAUUUUUUUAA